CUCUCUCUCCACAAACCUCCUCUAUAAAUUUCAUCAAUCCAACCAAAGGAUUCAGCAAACCAAAAUAUUCAAAUUUCAAGUCUUUCUUCUUCUCCAAGAAACUACAUCAUGGCUCAGUCUAUGAGCUUCCUUUUAGCCCUUUCUCUUCUUGCAUUAUUUCCACUAUGUUUCUGUGAUAAAACUCCUGGUGGGUAUCUCUACCCACAGUUCUAUGACCACUCCUGCCCCAGAGCAAAACAGAUAGUCAAGUCCGUUGUUGCAAAAGCCGUUGCAAGAGAAGCCCGAAUGGCGGCUUCUUUGCUCAGACUGCAUUUCCAUGACUGUUUCGUGAAGGGUUGUGAUGCAUCACUUCUGCUGGACAGUAGCCAGAACAUAAUCUCCGAAAAGAGGUCUGUCCCGAACCAGAAUUCAGCACGAGGGUUCGAAGUGAUCGACGAAGUCAAGUCGGCAUUGGAGAAGGAGUGCCCCAGCACUGUGUCUUGUGCUGAUAUUUUGGCUCUUGCUGCUAGAGACUCAACUGUUCUGACCGGGGGGCCAAGCUGGGAGGUGCCACUAGGAAGAAGAGAUUCAAUUGGAGCAAGUUUGAGUGGCUCCAACAACAACAUCCCAGCCCCAAACAACACAUUCCAAACUAUUCUCACCAAAUUCAAGUUGAAAAAGCUAAACAUUAUUGAUCUUGUUGCACUAUCUGGAAGCCACACCAUUGGAAAUGCCAGGUGCACCACCUUCAGGCAGAGGCUCUACAACCAGUCGGGCAACGGCCUGGCCGAUUCCACCCUCGACCAGUCCUACGCCGCCCAGCUUAGAACGCGGUGCCCGAGAUCCGGCCGGGACCAGAACCUGUUCUUCCUGGACUUUGUGAGCCCCACAAAGUUCGACAACAGCUACUUCAAGAACUUGCUGGCCUCCAAGGGACUUCUGAGCUCGGACGAAGUUCUAGUCACGAAAAGUGAGGUGUCGAACAAGUUGGUGCAGCAGUAUGCAGAGAACAACGAGCUUUUCUUUGAGCAGUUUGCGAAGUCCAUGGUUAAGAUGGGGAAUCUUUCUCCGCUUACUGGGUCGAUGGGAGAGAUUAGGAAGCGGUGCAGGAAGGUUAACUCUUAGUUAUGAUUAAGGUUGUAUAAUUUUUGUAUGCAGUUUUGCGUUUUUUUGUGUGUAUUUUGUGCUUUCAAGGAUAAAUUGUGGGUAUUAUUAUCCCAUGAUGUAAUUUAGUGUUGGUGUAUUUUAAUGGAAAUUGCACUAACUUUUCUUC